AGAGCACAGAUCGAAUUCAAAAAUCGAACAGCAAACAAGCCAACAAGUCCAAACAAGCAACUUGAACUUUAAAAAGAAAGAAAAUUAUAAAAGGAAAAGGAAUAAAAUACCUUUGCAAGUCACAAAAGUUCAUUCAACCUAACCAAAAAAAAAGAAGAAAUAUUUCCGCGAAAGUCUAACCUAAAAAGUCAAAACCAAAAUGGCGCUAUCUACUCUUCUUUCGCUGGUGGACGAACUCCAGGAGCCCCGCAGCCCCAUUUACGAGUUUGGCCUGGGAGUGAAUCCCCACUACCUGCAGCCCCAUGGCAAUCAGCGUCGCCGCUCGAUCAACGGUUGCCCCUGCGCCUCGCCCAUCUGCCCCUCGUCGCCCGCCGGCCAGGUGUUGGCCCUUCGUCGCCAGAUGGCCAACCAGAACGACAUCCACUGGCCAGCCACCGCACAGGUGGGCAAGGAUGGCUUCCAGGUGUGCAUGGACGUGGCCCAGUUCAAGCCCAGUGAGCUCAACGUCAAGGUGGUGGACGACUCCAUCUUGGUGGAGGGCAAGCACGAGGAGCGCCAGGAUGACCAUGGCUACAUCAUGCGGCACUUUGUGCGUCGCUACAAGGUUCCCGAGGGCUACAAGCCGGAGCAGGUUGUCUCGCAACUAUCCUCCGAUGGCGUGCUCACCGUCAGCAUUCCCAAGCCGCAGGCCAUCGAGGACAAGUCCAAGGAGCGCGUCAUCCAGAUCCAGCAAGUGGGUCCCGCCCACCUCAACGUCAAGCCGAAUCAGGCCAGCGAGCUGAAGGGCAAGGAGAACGGAGCCACCAACGGCACCCCUAAGGCCAGCACCGGCGCCAAGUAGAGCCGAUCUGGAGAUCAUCGAAUUCCUGUUGUAUUCCUAAAAAUCAUUAAGAGCAUUAACUCCAUAUUGUACUCCCAAAGCACCCAUCAUUCCCUCACAAAUAUGUGUGUUCCUUAUUUAUUUCAUUGCAUUUGUAACGAGCUAAAGACUUAAAGAAUAAGUUAUUAAAUCACCUGGUGUGAAAAGUUAAACUUCA